AUGGCGAGCCAAGGGCAGCAACAGCAACAGCAAGGGGUCUCAGAAUCCAGCGACCAGCUCAGUUCUAGGGUGAAACUGCGGGGGACGGAGGAAACCAUCUUCGAUCUCGUCUGUGCUGGGACAAGCAAAAUGCAGUGGGCGGAGUGGCUGCGAACUCCGCUGGAACACGCCGCCAGUGCGGGCAAUCUCGAUCUCGUGACUAAACUCCAGGAAGCUGAGGCGGGCGGGAGUGCUCUCCACCUGGCACUCAGAGCUGGCCAGGACGCACUCGCGCGAGAGCUGUUGAGGCUGGGAGCUCCCACGAAGGCGAUAGACAACAACGGCGAUACCCCUCUCCACCUUCCUGCCGCUAGUGGCCUCGGCGAUGUCGUGUCCAUGCUUCUUCUUGACGGGGCUGAGGUGGAUGUGCUCGACACCAAGGGCCGGGCGCCAAUUCAUCUCUCGGCGAAGCGUGGAUCUCUGUCUGCCGUUCAAGCUCUGUUGGCGGCUGGGGAAGACUCGAGCUUGCGGUACGGGAAGGACAAGGCGUUUUCGGCAUUGGGUCUGGCUGCUAGAGGUGGGCAUGUUGAGGUCAUGCAAGCGUUGAUUCGGCACGGAGUGGACGUCGACGCCCCUGACUCGAACAGCCUCACGGCCUUGCACUCAGCUGCGACGGGGGAUGCGGUGGGUGCGAUCGACGCUCUCAUGGAGGCUGGGGCGAAUAUCGACGCUCAGGGUGGCGAGGAUGGCGCACGGUACACGCCUCUGCACAUGGCGAGCGAGAAGGGUUUGUCCGAAACCGCUCUAUCGCUGGUCAAGCACCGAGCAGACGUGCACAGGUCGGGGAAGAUGUCCAGGUGGGAGCGGAAGUGCUGUAACGCUCUCAACCUAGCAGCCGGCCGCGGCCACAUCGCGGUCGUGAAAUCGCUUCUAGCUGCCGGCGUGAAUGUCAACCUUCGCCCAGCAUACUCAGACGAGUUGGCGUUGGACGCGGCUUUUCAGGGAGGGCACGCCGACAUUGUGACGACCUUGAUCCAGCACGGAGCGUUUGUCGACGCCACAGACUCAUGUGGGUGUACGGCCCUGUUUAAGGUCAGCCUGGACACUAACGCAGCUUUGAUCGAUAAGCUUGUGGCAGCCGGGGCUGCUAUGAACGGGAUAGUGAACGCUACAGGUAGAACACCCCUCCAUCACGCGUGUAUGGAUGAUUGCCCUGAAGCAAAUGCUUCGAUGCUACGUCACGGGGCUCGUGUGGACGCGAAGGACGAUGAUGGUGACACGCCUCUCCAUGUGGCAUCGACGGUGGGAUGCUCGGAAGGGAUUCGCGCGCUUGUACAACAUGGGGCUGACAUCAAAGCGCUUACCGCCAAAGGCCGCACGCCGCUUGGCUUGACCGCCGAGUUCGGCUGUGAAGAUGCUACGGUAGUCUUGUUGGACGCUGGGGCAGACGUCAAAGCUCCCGCUGACCACACCGAUGGAUCUGCUGCUCUAUCCUUGGCCACCUUGAGCGAGCACGUGGACGGCACUAUGAAAAUCUUGAUUCAGCACGGAGCCGACGUAAACGCAAGGAACACAAAUGGGUUUACCGCUCUGCACCGUGCCGCUAUGUACAACAAGGUUGACGGCAUCGAUCUUCUCAUCUCGGCCGGGGCUAUCAUCGAGGCACCAGAUAAUCACAAGAGUACGCCUCUCGCCGUCACGUUUCGAGAGGCCGUUUAUCGUUGGAAGAAGGAGCACAGCUGCGGUCUUCAGGAUUUCGCGGCCAUGAUCACCUUGUUGAAGCACGGCGCCGACCCCAACAUCGGGAACAUUCAAGAAGGAUGUCCGCAUUCUUUGCUCUGGUACUUCGUACGUUGCGGAUGCCCGAUUUCCGUGUUCCGGGAGCUUCUGGCUGCCGGUCCGAACCUUGACGCGGACACGAAUGUGCAAACCAAGCGCGGUAAAACCGCGUUGCACAUGGCCGCGGAAGACGACAACGGGGUAUGCAUCGAGGCCCUCAUCAGUGCCGGGGCCUCAACCAAUGUUAAGGACAGGAACGGCCGCACGCCUCUUCAUCUCGCCACCAUUAACCCGUUGCACCUGGCGGCGGCUCGCGACCAGCGUGAUUUCGGUGAUUCCGCCGUGCCCACGACAAUAGACCUCCUGCUACGAUGGGGUGCUGACGAGAAUGCGGUCAACUCCGCUGGAAGAACCCCCGUAACCGUUUGGAGACGCAAUGGGUACGUGCACAGGCUCCCGGCGGCGAGCAGGACGUCUGUGCCGAAGAUGUUCCAUUGGAUACCGAGAGACAAAGCAUGGCGUCGACGCGGCUGGCUAGUUCUAUGCCGUGCGCUCCCAAACAGGGUGCGGCUGAAGGCGGACGACGCUGGAACUUGUUCCGGGGCCGGCCAGAGUCUUCGAGCCCGGAGGGUUGGUGCUGGGUCAGGGUCUUGCAGCACCAGCGUCCCUCCUGUUGGAAAAGCCGGGGGAGUCCCGGUAGGCUCACUGCCGCGCGAGAAGAUUGCUGGUGGCUUGAGUGCGUUGGUGGCGAAGGUGGUGGGUUUGCACGAGGAUGGCGUGUUUAGGACCAUCAUGGAGUUCGUGUGGACCCUCAGGUGA